AGUGUUGCAACUGUUCUCAAAAUAUUUUUUUUUUGCAAAAUAGUUACCUGUUACUGAUAGGUCAAAAAUAAUAUGAAACUGUUAUUAUUUUGACUUUGAUGUUUUACACUCUCUUCUGUAAUAUGUUGAAAACCCACGUACUUACUUUGCUUGCAGCAUACAAUUAAAACUUGAAGUGUAAAUGUAAAUAUCAUCAUUUGUCCUUAUCUUUAUUUUUUUCUAAUAUGGCUAUUGCAGUAGUUGCAGAUAUGCAUGUAUUCUGCAUUCUUUGUGUUUAUUUUAACUUUUAAGAAUUAGGAAUAAGAAACCAUGAAAAAAGCUUUUAACACCGAUUUUUAAAAAUGAAGGCAUAUCCGGGAAAAAUUAUGCGUCUUAUAAUUGCGUUAAGAUUUCCUUACUAUGCCAAUCAAUUUCGUUAUAUCGUGUCUUACGCUUACGAAGUUCUCAAAAUAUGCGUUUUUUAUUAAAUAUUUUUUGAAAAUACCGUAAUACUACACCAUAACAAUAAAUUGCAAAAUUACUUUCGUACGGUUCUGCAUGUAAAUGCGCGCGCGAGUUUAAGUUUUCUUGCCCUCUGGUGGCGCCGCACUGCAGCAUGUUAAUAACGGCGCAUGCUCAAUAUUCUUGAUCUCGGAUUGUCACGAAAGAAAGUUGUGUUAGCUGUGUCUGCAAAGUGCAGUGCUUCAAUUCAAAUGUUACUUGCUGUUUAUUUAUUUGUUUAGGGUGUGCGCCAAAUCUAAUUUGUUUUUGUGUCCCGUUCCGACGCAAAUAACUGCAGUAGUGGGCGAUUUCGAAUUGCGGUUUUACGGUGGAAAUCGUUUGAGUGGCCAUGAGUGAUCCCAAGUUUCGACACACGUGGAUUAAUUUGGAAUAUCUAAAGGUGUUUGCUGCGCUUUUGGCUGUCUGAAACAACAAAAGUGUGCAUUCGUGCGGGAGAAAUUAAAUCGGAGCGUUAUAAUUUCUAACACCAAUCGUUUUCACGCAUUGUUAUUGUUUUACUCGGUGUUUUUGACCCUUGCAUUUUGCACAGCGGAUCCGAAAUCCGCAGCCGAAGGAGGACGAAGCGAGUUUUAGUUUAAACGUCGGCCGCAGGGUUUUUUUCGAAUUUUGUGCGAAAAUUUUACGGGCGCGAUGACAAAAUGCGACAGUGUAGUGCCGCUCUACUGAUCGCGGGUUGUCAUGCUUGCCGUUGUUGUGACUGUGAAGCGUCGCUCCGUCGGGGCGGAAGUGGUUGUAGAAGCUCCAUCGACAUCGGUUUAGCUGGCCUUGGGAGCCGACGACUGGAGGUUAGUGGCCUUAGCACGCGGGAUUGUUUACCUAGCGAGAGCAUGGUGACGCCGGCUGUGUUGUGAAGGGACAUUACGCGCGGCGACGUUCGUCGCGUUAGACGGUGGUCCCGCGGGGUGCUACCGUCCAUUUUUUUAUGGUAUCUCCUCCGCCAAUGGCGUGGCACAAGCACGACCACCUCAUGCUCAUGGAUAAAACCAAGCCAAAAAUGCCUGUCUCAGCAUCCAGUGGCGGCGAUGUGGUCGCUCAGCAGCAGCAAAGAAGGCACGUGCCUUUGUACGGACGGCUUGUGUCCGACGAGCAGAUGGGCGGCACUAUGCCGCCCCUGUCUUGUAGCGGCAACCCCCCCUCGUCAACUGACAUUCAUGCGAUGCAAGCGCGGAUACCUUUGACGUUUCGGGACCCCUCUUCGGCACCCCUGAGGAAGUUGAGCGUGGACUUGAUCAAGACGUACAAGCACAUCAACGAGGUAUACUAUGCGAAAAAAAAACGACGGGCAGCUCAAAUCCAAGGCGAUGACAGUUCUCAUAAAAAAGAGCGCAAGAUUUACAACGAUGGCUACGACGAUGACAACCACGACUAUAUUAUAAAGACCGGUGAAAAGUUCCUCGACAGAUAUGAAAUUGACUCAUUGAUUGGUAAGGGAUCAUUUGGACAGGUGGUAAAGGCCUACGACCACUUGGACAAGUGCAAUGUAGCGGUCAAAAUAAUUAAGAACAAGAAGCCUUUUCUUAAUCAAGCCCAAAUCGAGGUUAAGCUGCUCGAGAUGAUGAACAAAGCCGACGCUGAAAACAAGUAUUAUAUAGUAAAAUUAAAAAGACAUUUUAUGUGGCGAAAUCACCUUUGCUUAGUGUUUGAGCUGUUAUCGUAUAACCUCUAUGAUCUGUUGCGGAAUACGAAUUUCCGCGGGGUGUCUUUAAAUCUGACGAGAAAGUUUGCACAGCAACUCUGCACUGCUCUGCUGUUCCUCUCAACUCCAGAACUCAGUAUAAUUCACUGCGAUCUGAAACCUGAGAAUAUUCUCCUGUGCAAUCCUAAACGGUCUGCAAUAAAAAUAGUCGACUUUGGAAGCUCCUGCCAGCUGGGACAAAGGAUAUAUCAGUACAUUCAAUCGAGAUUUUAUCGAUCACCUGAGGUUUUGUUAGGUAUUUCUUAUGACCUAGCGAUUGACAUGUGGUCGUUGGGAUGUAUACUCGUUGAGAUGCAUACUGGCGAGCCUCUGUUCAGCGGCGCGAAUGAAGUUGACCAGAUGAACAAAAUUAUCGAAGUUUUGGGACUCCCUUCGAAACAAUUGCUGGAUCAGGCUAGCAAAACGAGAAAAUAUUUCGAAAAGGUUCCCGGCGAUCGAAAGUACAUUUUGAAGAAAACGAAAGACGGUAAGAAAUAUAAGGCUCCGGGCACUCGCCGUUUACACGAUAUUUUGGGUGUGGAAAAUGGCGGCCCGGGCAGUCGAAGAGCUGGCGAACCCGGACACUCGAUGUCAGAUUACCUCAAAUUUAAAGACCUAAUUUUACGUAUGCUCGAUUACGACCCCAAAACCCGAAUCACCCCUUACUACGCGUUGCAGCAUAGUUUUUUCAAGCGGACUUCGGACGAAAGCACCAAUACCGCUGCUGCGCAGGCAGUCGCCUGUAAUUCCAGCAACAGCACAAGUAGCAGCCCCGUGGUGGCCUCCCUAGACUUGUCUUCGAGCGGUAUGACAAACAGCGGAGCUAACAGUCAGCACGGGUUAAAUUUAGUCAGUCGUUCCAGAGAACUGCUACCGGGCCACCCUUAUCAACAAGCCCCAUCGGCCUACAUGGCCAUGGAGUGCGAUUCGUCGCCCUCUUCUGGCAGGUCCCAGCAGCAGCAUCAUUCUCAUAGGGGCGGCCCUCAGCAAGUAUCUCAAAGGUAUCACCACCAACCACCGCAACAAGCCCCCGUAAUGAACCACGGUCCGUCUUCGCUGCAGUGUCCGCCCUACAUGAUGUUGGACGGAAUGGGUCAUCCGAUGCCCAUGAUAAUGCAUUCAAAUAAGCAUAGCGGCCAAGGAGUCCAGGUCGUGCCCCAACAGACCGGACGAGGAAAGCAACAGCAGGAAGGUGGCAGCAACCGAGAUGACAGCAGUCCGAUGGUGGGAGUGUGCUUGCAACAGAGUCCCAUGGCAAUACAUUAAACGGUUCGAACACUGAUUCGAUAGUGACGCGAACGGUAAAUAAUACGGAAGUUGUUGAAGUAUUGCAAAUUGAACUUUAACGGAAGACAGUGGUUGACCACUAAAACAUUUAGUGUUGAAUUGUAUUUUUAAAUUAUAUUGUGCGCAAUAAUUUUGGUUGUCGUUGGAGUCGACUGCGGUCUCUAUAUAAAAUUGUGCCGAGUACUUACAUAUUGGCAAAUUUGGCUAAGAUGGGCACUGCAUGGGGAUCUCGGAAAAGGUAAUCCGAAAGCGCAGAUUUUUACGCCUAAUGAUAUGGAUAUCUCAUAAUUUUUUUUAUUUAACUCCUUCACAAUUUGUAAAAUAGCGAAUUCAACAUUUUCGUUCAAACCCGUAAAACUUUUAUUUUAUUACGUUCAUUUUUUUGACUUGAAAUUCGCAUUGAAAUGAUUUUGUUUUCUAAAAGAUCUCAUAAUUUAGAAACCAUUUUUUCCACAAAUCUUUGAAAGAAUCCACCUUCGGCAAGCGGUAUUUAACAACUCGAUCUUAGCGGUGGGAAUAUUUCGGGGUACAUGAAAGGUUGUUCUUCUUUAUUUGCCGUCUCUAAGAAGGUUGGCUAUCAUCAUGGUGACUCUCACUUCUAUUCAUGUACAGCGGUACCAUUAUCUUAAGUUUUUCAGCCGUAAAGUGCGCCUUCUCUCCACGCUUCUCUUGCUUUGUAUUUUUCCCUGUAUUAUUAGCGUUAGCAUGUGGUACCUUUUUCCGCGCAUAACGUGGUUCAGGCAAGCAAGCUUCCCUGCCUUUACGGUCUCCACUGUUUCUG